ACAGGAUGUUGGUUAAAGGGCUGUUUGUCGUGGUUCUCCUCGUAGCAGUAGCUGUGAUUGUACAUGGAAGCGAUGAGAGAAGGAGGCGUUCCCCACAAUUUCCUGAAAAUGACACGAAAGAAGGUGAUUCGAGAAGGAGGCGUUCCCCACAAUUUCCUGAAAAUGACACGAAAGACGGUGAUUCGAGAAGGAGGCGUUCCCCACAAUAUCCUGAAAUAGACACGAAAGGCGCUGAAGGGAGAAGGAGGCGUUCCCCACAAUAUCCUGAAAUAGACACGAAAGGCGCUGAAGGGAGAAGGAGGCGUUCCCCACAACCGUCAGAUGCAGACACCGGUGAAGUGUCCGAUACUGUUCAAGGAAGAAAGAAACGAUCACCGCAGUGGAAAAAAGGACCUAAAACUAGAAGAACGGACGGAACAGACAGUGGAUGAUAAUAGUUUAAGAGGCAAAGCGCCAAUGACUUUUCUCGUGACAAGAGCAGAAAUGUUUAUGUUCGUUUGAAAAAUAAAAGUCUCAAUCUGUAUAAA